CGAGAACCAAGCACCAACAUCUCCCACCACCGCAGCCGUAGCCGCUGACAGCCCAGCCAAACGUUCAAGAUGUACAGCCGCCGAGUGGCCCUCACCUUCCUCUGCCUGACCCUCGUGGUGGCCCUGGUGACGCAAGAGGCACAAGCCAGCAAGCUUAAGAAGGUGGCCAAGUACGCGCUCAUCGGAGCCGCCCUAGCGCCAAGGGUCGUCCCCAUCCCGAUCCCGGUUGGCCACCACGCCCACUACGAGCCCCACUACGACCACGGCUGGCACGCCGGUCUGCACGGCAGUCACGGUUGGUGGUGAGAGAACCGCCGCGAGGGUGGUAACACACCCGGCGACAACAACGAAGUCAACUCCACCCAAGUUCCCCGCUCCGUACGAAGAGCGCUCACCGACCACCAAAUGCGUGACCAGUGAACCUACAGUUGUUCGUUUUCAAAGUGUUUGUGUAUAUAUACGCCGAGUGUGUACGCGUACCUGACAAGCCUACCAUGGACUCACACCGUGUUUCGUCGUCGUCCUCGUCUCCUGAACCGACGUCUUUUGCUCGUUCUUGUUCGAAGGUCUUCGUUUUUUAAUAAAGCGAAUAAUUCAUUGAUGACCCC